UAGGAGGAAGAGCCAUGGAGGAGGGAUGUCUGGCCUCACAACAGGGGCCAGUCUGUCGUGUCCAGGAACAGGAUCGAUGACCCUUGUAGGACAUUGGGGGCGCUGUCACCUCCUCACCGAGCGCAGGUCGCCCUGUGCUCUAACAGAGCAUGUAUUCAGCCCCGCACCCUCAUCUUUGGCGGAUGCUGAAGAUGCAAGAAAAGCCACCUGCUUGAUGCUUGCUUGGCCUGGAGAUCGUUCUCCUCUUGGUCUGUGUCCUGUGGCGGCAGGCCUUGCAGGGAGGGGGGUGCAACAGUGGGGAGCAUCCGAAUGAAAUCCCGCUUUCCAACCUUGGGGCUGCUGUAUCGGCCUCCCACACGUAACCUCCCAGGCCCUGAUGCUGCUGCUUUUGAAGGGGUUGAGGCCUGAUGGACAGAUUGAGUCAGUCCUUCAGGGAGGGGUCUGCCCUCCCUUGCCCUGGGGUGGUGCCUGCCUUGGCCCUCCGCUUGCCCUUGUGCGCGUGCUCAGCUGCUGUGCUUGCCUUUUUUGGAGUGGGGAGAAGAACGGGAUGACGUCGGAGGAAGGAAAAGACUGUCUUGCAUUCAUAGAGAGCACUUUAUGCUUUUCCUCGCCCUUGCAGAGGGGUGGUCUCAGUGGGGGCUCAGGACAGUCAGCUCGAGGCAGCCAAGUCAGGUAUUAUUAUGAUCAUUUUUAUCAUCAUCAUCUGUGUAAGACAAAUGACACAGCCAGUUAGUGAGAGGGCCAGGACUGGAAGCCAGGGUGUCAGUUUUCCCAGCUCCUCUGUCAGAGGCCAGAUCUGGAGUAGUGGGAAGGGGGCGGGGGGCGGGCCUUGCCCCUUGCCAGGCCUCUGCCUCCUGUAUCUCUGCUCCUGCCUCAGCUGUCCUCGGUGGAGGUGGGAGGCACCUAGCAUUUAGCAGGUGAUUCUCCCACCCUGCCCUGGCCCUAUGGCUCAUAGCCAGUGGCUGGGAGAGGCAGGGCCAGAUCUCAGGAGUGGAGGGCAGCGUCUUCCCUGGCUUCUGAAAGAAUCCAGAGCCCAGUAGGGCUCAUGUCCCAUUCCAGGUUCCAGCAUGCCUUGCCUCUGCUUGCUCGGGCUGCCUAUGCACUAGCUACACACACCUCUAGCUUCAUGUUUCAUAUUGGAGUGUGGGGAGAAAACUGGGUUCUUAGCAUUAGAAAGGGAAGUGGCAGGUGGCAGAUACAAGCUUAGCUCUGACCUGGGUGCAGCUCAGCUGUGUGUCCUUUUUUUCCCCUGACCUGAAGCUGACCCCAGCAGAAGUCCCCCAGUCAAUCCCUCCACCCAACAACCCCCCACCCUCACCCUCCCAUCCUGCCCCCAGCCGUAGUAGGAGCUGGGAGGAUUGCAGCACCCAGUGCCUUCCAAGGCCGUUCCUGGAGUGCUGCUUGUAAACCCAAGCCAAGCUUUGUCCCACGUAGGGAGAAUGGAAGGUGACUGCAAUGUCCCUGUGCCUUUGGCUCCAUCUCCCCAUUCUGUGGUUUUUUGGGGGUUCCUACUUCCCUCAAACUGAACACUCUCCUGUCCAACAGCCCGAUGGCUUAAUUAUUGCCUGGAAUUGCCCGGCCUCCUAUGCUGGAAUCAAAGAUUGCCUUCCGAAGUAUUUUUGUUAAGAUGGCAAUAAAAAGAAAUCGAUCUCACUCUUUGAACACA